GAGAGAGAGAGAGAGAGAGGUGUGAAGUGUUAGGUAAAGCUUUGCCUCUCAAGCUGUGUUCCAUUCAUUCAGUGUGCAUGGAACAGUCAGAAGAGGAAACAUUUUACGCGCAGACAUAAUGGACAUCAACUGUGGUUAGUGCGCUUCACUUUAACAUUAAAGGACACAUAUUUAAUCAGUCAAACAUUUCAGUAAAAUGUGGACAGUUCCGAAGCCCAAAUAUCGAACUGGUUCCUGCGACGAAGGGGAGAUAGCUGUGAACAUCGGCGGAGUCCGGGUGCUGCUGUUCGGGGACGUGUUGAACCGCUACCCGGAGAGCAGACUGACGGAGCUGCUCAACUGCUCAUCAACUCACAACUCUGAAGAAGUCAUCUCCUCUCUCUGUGACGACUUCGAUCCUUACAAAAAGGAGUUCUACUUCGACCGAGACCCCGAUGCCUUCAAGUGCAUCAUCGACGUCUACUACUUCGACGAGAUCCACAUCAAACCCGGCAUCUGCCCCAUCUGCUUCAUCAAGGAGAUGGAGUUCUGGAGGAUCGACCAAAGUGUUUUAGACGAAUGCUGCAGAAGUUACCUGAGCGAGAAGGAAGAAGAGCUGACUGAGAUCGCAGACAAAGUGAAAGUGCUCCUCUUGGAGGAUCUGGACGCGGACCGGUGCAUUACGCGCAGCCAGCGGUGCCAGAUGUUCCUCUGGAGGCUGAUGGAGAAACCCGGUUCCUCUCGGGCGGCACGCGUCAUCGCCAUCGCGUCCUUCCUCUCCGUGCUGGUGUCUGCGGUGGUUAUGUGCGUUGGGACGAUCCCGGAGCUCCAGGUGGAGGACUCCGAGGGGAAACUGUCGGAGCACCCGAUCCUGGAGGCGAUCGAGACCGCCUGCAUGCUGUGGUUCACCGCGGAGUACCUGCUGCGCCUCGCGUCCUCUCCGGACAAGCUCGGCUUCUUGCUCUCCUUCAUGAACAUCAUAGACUUCCUGGCCAUCGUGCCCUUCUACGUGGUGCUGUGUCUCACCCACCUCGGCACCACGUCCAUGUUGGAGCUCACUAACGUGCAGCAGGCGGUGCAGGCGCUCCGGAUCUUGCGGAUCGCGCGUGUUUUCAAGCUGGCGCGCCACUCCUCCGGGCUGCAGACGCUCACCUACGCGCUCAAGAAUAGCCUGAAGGAGCUGGGGCUGCUGCUCAUGUACAUGGGGGUGGGGAUCUUCGUGUUCUCGGCGCUGGCCUACACCCUGGAGCAGAGCCACCCGGAGACGCUGUUCAGGAGCAUCCCGCAGUCCUUCUGGUGGGCCAUUAUUACCAUGACGACGGUGGGAUACGGAGACAUCUACCCGAAGACAACGCUGGGGAAGUGCAACGCGGCCGUGAGCUUCCUGUGCGGGGUGAUCGCCAUCGCGUUGCCGAUCCACCCGAUCAUUAAUAACUUUGUGGUGUUCUACAACAAGCAGAGGGUGUUGGAGACCGCGGCGAAGCACGAGCUGGAGCUGAUGGAGCUCAAGUCUGGAGGGGACGCGCGCAAGAAGAGCACGAGUUAAAGUUUAGGGCGAGACUGUGCAGACGUUGACAUUUGGACACAGAGACUGUUUACGGGACAUUUGGACAGCUUCAUGCAAGUGAGACACCUGUACAUAUAGAGCCAUCACUGAGAUGUUGUCUUUAUACAGCUGUGUUGUUUCUGUCUCUGUUGCUGCUUAUUCCAUGGUGCAGUUAUUUCGUCCAAAACUCUUCUUGUUAUUGUGAAGGCUGUUGUUGUUAUUGAAUUAAAAGUUGUGCAUUAAAAAAAACUGUACAUACACUUGUGCAUAUGAAUCAUUAAAGCAUCAAUAGCUCAUAACUCAUGGACAAGGUGGAUAAAAACAAUACUUUUUUUCCCUUUGGAGGACAGUACAAAUCAUGUUGUAAUAUAUAUAAACAUUAAACAAAAGUCAACAAACCCUCCCAAACUUUAGGCUUCAUUGCCUUGGGGUUAUUUAAAUACUUUAUCUAAAAUUAGACUUGAUUUGACCAGACUCCUCUGGUUACUUUGUUCAAAUUAAAGUGAGAGAAAUCUGAAUUUGUGGAUUUUCAGGCCUCAGUGAAAAAAAUCUGAUGGCGUUUUAUAGCAUCUGUGUCAAAAUGUUUAGAAAUCUGAAAGCAUUUUAGCCAAUAAAAACAUUGUGACACCUGCA